CAUUUUCUUAGUCUAUUUUAUUUCCAAGGAACCCAAUUGAGCAUUCAUCCUCUUAUUAUCAACUACUUGAGGAUCCUAAUUCAAAAUGGGAAAACAUCGAAAGCCCACUAAAACUCCUGGCGCAAAGGUUGUACCAAAACCAGAUGAGGAUAUCCCCUCUUUCGACGAAAAUGCUCUAUCGGCAUUAACUUCAAAAAUUGAGAAGGGAUUCGCAAAAGGCAAAGCACCAAACAAAUCUGCUGAAUCGGAACCCAAAUCCUCUAAGCAAAACAAAGCGAAUAAGUCGACAAAUUCUACAGACUCAAAACCAAAAUCUAAACCACAAGAAUCCGGUCGAGGAACGAAGAGAGAUGCGCAAGGCAAUGCAAAGGGCAAAGCAGAUGGAUCAUCCAACGAAGUGCCAAAGUCAAGAAGUGAUAGAGAGGUCUUAUUACAGGAAAUAUUGGCAUUGGGAGGAACAGAAGAAGACUUAGAUCUUGUACUUGACGCUCAAUCCGACUCUGAGAAUGAAGACGAAGGAAAACCAGCAUCUAUCGACAAAGGUUUCAAGAAUGAGGUUGCUAAAUUUGUGGCAGGGCUUGGAAUCGAGGGACAAGCUCCUGGAGCUGAGGCAGAUUCAGAAGUUGAGGAUGAGGUAGAGGAAGUAGAUGGCGACGAUUGGGAGGAGGCAUCUGCAUCAGCAUCAGAAUCAGAAGAAAGUACAGAGGAGGAGGCUCCUAAAGUGCCAGAGAAAGCUGCGGUCAAAGCUAAAGAACCUUCGAAGGAUCAAAAUCGCCUGGUGAGUAGCUCCCUCUCUCUAUUUUGAGUCCACUGACCGAUUAUAGAAUUUUGAAGCCCGAGCAGAUUGGCAUGCCGCAGAGCUCCCCCAACUUUCUACAGGAGAUUUCAGCGAGUCAAGACCAUACCAAGAAUCGAUAAAAAAUCUCAAGGAAUAUGCCACGACCCUUCUUGAGGCGGAUAGUACACUCUAUGCCUCAAAACAUCUUUCUGCGACUUCUUCACAUCGUUUUCUUGCCACGAUCAUGUCCUCUGGUACAUUAUCCGACAAAAUUUCCGCGUUAACUUUGGUUGUUCAGGAAUCUCCAGUUCAUACUACGAGAUCAUUCGAAAGUUUAUUGGAUUUGGCGAAGAAGCGAAGUAGGGGACAAGCCGUGACAGCAUUGGGUGCUAUGAAAGAUUUAUUGGGAGCUGGUGUUAUGCUUCCUGCGGAUAGACGUCUUCGAACAUUUCCUUCUCAACCUGGACUUCUUGGUACGUUACAAGAAAGCGAUACUGGUGUCUGGAGAUCUGGACAGCCCCUACCCGGAAACAUGACCAAAGCGCAUCUUAUUUCAUGGGCAUUUGAAGAUUGGCUCAAGGAGUCAUAUUUUGAUAUGCUCAAGAUUUUGGAAGUAUGGUGCAACGAUGAGGUAGAAUAUGCUCGUUCAAGAGCUGUUACCUACGUUUAUGAACUGUUAAAGGAGAAACCAGAACAGGAAUCUAAUUUACUACGAUUAUUGGUCAACAAACUCGGUGAUCCAGAUAAAAAGAUUGCUUCACGAUCAUCAUACCUUCUACUACAACUUCAAACCUCUCACCCAUUGAUGAAACCGAUCAUCAUUAACUCGAUAGAAAACGAGCUCAUUUUAAGACCUGGACAGAGUUCACAUGCCAAAUAUUACGCGAUUAAUACUCUCAAUCAAACAAUUCUUAGUUCAAAAGAAGAAGAGGUUGCGAAAAAGCUUCUAAGCAUAUAUUUUGGUCUUUUCGUAUCUCUUCUCAAAAAGCCCGAAGUCAUCAAACCUACCGGUCCUAAACUCAACAAAAAAGGAGAAAUUCAAGGAGGUGGAGGUGCUAUGGGAAAGAAGGCAAAGGAAAAGUUGACAGCAGAAGAGGAGGCAAAACAGGCAAGCGAGGAGACAACAGAGAAAAUGAUCUCCGCUGUUUUGACCGGUGUCAAUCGUGCAUUCCCAUUCACAAAGACGGACGACUUGACGUAAGUUCAAUUAUUUUAUUAGCUUUUGACAAUGCUAACUAGGUUAGGCUUGAGAAACACAUGGAUACCUUGUUCCGAAUCACACAUUCAUCCAAUUUCAAUACCAGUAUUCAAGCUUUGAUGUUGAUUGAGCAAUUAUCAACAACAAAACACCUUGCUGUGGACCGAUUUUACAGAACUCUUUACGAAUCCUUACUCGAUCCUCGUCUGAUUACAUCUUCGAAGCAUGCCCUAUAUCUUAACUUGCUCUACAGAGCUUUGAAAGCGGAUGUUAACAUCAAGCGCGUCAAGGCUUUCGCAAAGAGAAUGUUACAAAUUGUAACCCUUCAUCAACCUCCAUUCAUAUGUGGUAUCAUCUAUUUGAUGAGAGAGUUAGAGGUUACAUUCCCUGGGCUCAAGUCUCUUUUAAAAGAUCCCGAGGCAAAUGAUGAAGAUGAAGAAGAAGUAUACCGAGAUGUGCCAGAAGAUGGAGAAACCGUAGAAAUUCAAGCCACAGAACCCACAGCGAAACUCAAGGCAGAUACAUACGAUGGAAAGAAGAGGGAUCCGGAGCACAGUAAUGCCGACAAGAGUUGUCUGUGGGAAAUUGUAAGUAUUUCUUCAUAGAGUAAGGGAGCCGCACUAACAACUAUAGAUUCCUUUCUUGGUACAUUUCCAUCCCUCAGUAUCUCUAUUUGUCGACCGCCUUCUCAAUGACGAAAAAAUGCCACCUAAACCAGAUCUUGCUUCUCACACCUUGGCCCAUUUCUUAGAUCGUUUUGUCUACAGAAACGCAAAAGCAGCAGCUGGGGCACCAAAAGGAAGCUCCCUUAUGCAACCUCUUGCUGGUGGAGCAAGUCAAGGUAUUCUUGUAUCCAAUCGUGGUUCUAAGGUUCAACAAUCCGUCAAUUCAGAAGCAUUCUGGAGAAAGAAGGCAGAGGAUGUCGCAGUUGAUGAAGUCUUUUUCCACAAAUACUUUAACCAAAUCGGUAAAGGCAAAGACGCAGCAAAGAAGAAGGAGAAGAAGAAGGGCGAAGAAGGAGAAGAUGAUGAGGAUGAAGAUGAGGAUGAGAUUUGGCAAGCUUUGGUCGAAAGUAAGCCAGAUAUCGAGGGUCCAGAGUCUGAUGAUGAUGAUUUGGACAUGGGUGAUUUCGAUAUGUCCGAGGACGAUUCUGCAGGUGGUGUUGAUAUUGAAGGAUCAGAUGAGGAAGUUGGCAUUGAAGGAGGGGACGAAGAUGAAAAUAUGAAAGAUGACGAGGAAGAUGAUGAAGAGGGAAUCUUCUCUGAAGAAGGCGAUGACCUUAAGGACAGUGAUGAUGAAGCAGGAUCAGAUAUGGAUGCAUUAUUCGAAGCCGAAUUACAGAGAGCAAAGAGUCCUGAGGAGGAAGAAGAGAAGAAAGAGACUAGCAGGAGCAAGAGGAGAAAGCUUAAGAAUCUUCCUACAUUCGCUAGUGCAGAUGAUUAUGCGGCUAUGCUGGAUAAUGAUGGAGAUGAGGAUAUGGGUAUGGGAAAGGGAAAAUAAAAGAGUAAUGUUGGAGAUCUGAGGAGUGCUACAAAAUGCUCGUGUAUACCGCCACGAGAGCUAUGUGAAGAUGUUGGCUGUAGUCAGUAUGAGUAUUUUUGAGAUGAAUUAAAACAGUUAUACCCGUGUCAAAAUAUCAUUAGAAGAAGC